AUGGCUUCCUCAACGUUUUAUCGUUCAGAAGAGAUUUCUAUGGUUCAGUUUUAUUUUCCCGUAGAAGUGGCGAAAUUAACAGUAUCUGCUCUUGGAGACCUCGGAAUUGUUCAAUUUUGUGACCUGAAUGAAAAUAUCAAUAUUUUUCAACGAGCAUUUGUUAAGGAGAUCAGGCGAUUAGACGAAGUAGAACGUCAACUACAAUUUUUGUAUGAAGAAAUUAAAAAAACAGAUAUCAAGAUUAUAACAGCGGAUAAUAAUGAUAAUAUGACCAGAACAUCGAAUUGCCAUGAAAUAGAUGAAAUAUUUGAGAAAGCGUCUUUUUUUGAGAGUCGGAUUUGCUCUUUAAAUGAGUCUUACCGAACAUUAGAGAAACAAUAUUUAGAAUUAUUAGAAUUACGUUAUGUACUCGAGGAAACAGAACAGUUUUUUAACAAAAAUUAUAGUAUUCAAGAAUCAUCUAUAUCUAUUAACGAUAUGGAUACGGCACCAUUAUUGGAAAAUGAUGCGGAACAAAAUACAACCAAUAUUCAAGGUUUAAUGGGAAUGAGCAUUGGAUUUACAACGGGUGUUAUUCCUCGUAUUCAUAUGGCAACAUUUGAGAGAAUUUUAUGGAGAAUGUUACGUGGAAAUCUCUACAUGAAUCAAACAGAAAUAGCAAACCCUAUUAAUGAUCCUAUUACAAAUGAACUUAUUGAUAAAAAUGUUUUUAUUGUAUUUUCUCAUGGAAAGGAAAUUAAUAAUAAGAUUCGAAAGAUUUCUGAAAGUUUAGGUGCUACAUUAUAUAAUAUAGAUGAAAGAUAUUCAAGAAGAUGUACGCACAUACAGGAAACUAAUCUUGCUAUUGAUGAUCUCAUGUCUAUUCUGAAGAAUACUAAACAAACUGUAUAUGCAGAACUACGAAUAAUUGCAGAGAAUAUAGUUAAUUGGAUAACUAUUGUUAGAAGGGAAAGGGCAAUCUAUCAAAUUAUGAAUUUAUUUAUAUAUGAUCAAAACCACAAGUGUUUAAUUAGUGAAGGAUGGUGUCCUACAAAUAGUUUAUAUUUGGUGCGAAAUACUUUAAGAGAUGUUACAGAGCAAGCAUGUAUUCAGAUGCCAUCUAUUUUGAAUGAGAUUAAAACGUCGAAGACACCUCCGACCUUUCAUUCUACUAAUAAAUUCACAAAAGCAUUUCAAACAAUUAUUGAUGCAUAUGGUGUUGCAUCUUAUAGAGAAGCAAAUCCUGGUCUUAUAGCUAUUGUUACAUUUCCGUUUUUAUUCGCUGUAAUGUUUGGGGAUCUUGGUCAUGGAUUUCUUAUAUUUAUUGCCGCAUUAUAUUUAUGUUUAAAUGAGAAAAAACUUGAAAAAAAAAAAUAUGGAGAGAUUUUUGAUAUGGCAUUUCAAGGACGUUAUAUGAUACUUCUAAUGAGCAUAUUUUCUAUGUAUACAGGACUUAUUUAUAAUGAUAUUUUUUCAAAACCGAUGAGCUUGUUUAAAUCUGGUUGGGAAUGGUCUGAAUCUUCAGGAAAUUCGACUGUUAUAUUAGCAAAGAAGGUUGGUGUUUAUCCAUUUGGUAUAGAUAGUGCAUGGCAUGAGUCUGAAAAUGCACUUAUAUUUUUAAAUUCAUAUAAAAUGAAAAUGUCUGUUAUUCUUGGAGUUAUUCAUAUGACAUUUUCUCUAAUGCUUUCAUUAACAAAUCAUAUAUUCUUUAAAUCUCCAUUAGAUAUUUGGACUCAAUUUCUUCCUUCUUUUUUAUUUCUUCAAUGCAUAUUUGGUUAUAUGGUCUUUACUAUUAUUUAUAAAUGGUCAGUAGAUUGGUCUAAAUCUCAAACUACGCCUCCUGGUAUUCUCAAUAUGUUGAUUUUUAUGUUUUUAUCUCCAGGAAAAAUUCAAGAACCUUUAUAUCGAGGACAGAAAUACGUACAAGUAUUUCUUCUUUUUAUAUCUUUAAUAUGCAUUCCUUGGUUAUUGCUUGCAAAACCAUUUGUUCUUAGAUAUGAACAUCGUCGAGCUAUUCUUCAGGGUUAUCAAGGUGUUUCGAAUCGUUGUUCUUCUACAUUAGAUGAUAGCGAUACUGACAGAACUCCUCUAUCAUCUGAAGUUCAUGAACACUUUGAUUUUGUUGAGAUUUUGAUUCAUCAGAUUAUUCACACUAUUGAAUUUUGUUUGGGCUGUUUAUCUCAUUGUGCAAGUUAUCUUCGACUCUGGGCUUUAAGUCUUGCACAUAACCAAUUAAGUGCUGUUUUAUGGUCUAUGACUUUAAAGAUUGCUUUUAGAAAAACUGGUAUUACCGGAGCAAUUUUAUUAGUUUUUGUUUUUGCUUUCUGGUUUAUUUCAACUAUUGUAAUUUUAUGUUUGAUGGAAGGAACAAGUGCAAUGCUUCAUUCAUUACGACUUCAUUGGGUUGAAGCUAUGUCAAAAUUUUAUCAAGGUGAAGGUUAUCCUUUUGAACCUUUUCAUUUAACAAAUAAAUUUUAUGACAUGUAA